AGUAAAUGAUGAACGAUGACGAAAAAUGGCUGGCUUCGGUUGAAAGAAGAAACUGAACAUCGUGAGUAUUCUCCGAUUGAGGAAACUCCUUCACUUCCCACUCUCCAAGCUACGAUCCUCUUCACUCCAGACUCUUUACCUUACCUGCAUUGAGAUUACACCAUGGCUUGGCUGGCCAGAUCCAUUGCAAAUUCAUUGAAGCUUGAUGAUGACGAUGAAGACGAAGAGAAUGCUGUUGCCAACCCCAAAUCACCGCUCAAAUCCGAUUCCGCAUCUAAUCAAUACCAUCAGACGGAUUCUCCUUCCCCGCCCUCGUCGUCGUCUUCAACUCCCACUGCCAGAGGUGUCAAAGAGGAUUUGUCCGAGCUGAAAAAUACCCUAACCCGCCAAUUCUGGGGUGUCGCCUCUUUCCUCGCUCCUCCGCCUGAGCAUUCUGCUUCACAUUCUCAAGUCUCUGAUUCAAAACCUAACGAACCGCUUGAUAAGUCAACAACCGACUAUCCAUCUGACCCUAAAUUGUCUGAAGAAGAUCUAAUUGCCGGAAUCCGCAGUGAUUUUGCGGAAAUUAGCGGGAAGUUUAAGACCGGGAUCUCCAAGCUUUCGAACACCAAGACUGUUUCUGAGAUCACCAAGAUUGCUUCCAAUUUUCUUCAGUUUGGAUCAGAGGAUUCUUUGGAGAAUUAUGAUGUCGGAACCGCGGUUGGUGUAACAGAGGAGGUUCUGAUAUUUGUGAGGAGUAUCGUCGAGCAUCCUGAGACCUGGCUGGACUUUCCUCUUCCUUAUGACGACGAUGCUGACGAUCUUGAGUUAUCUGAUGCCCAGCAAGAACAUGCUUUAGCUGUUGAGCAUCUUGUUCCAAGAUUGGCUGCUUUGAGGAUUGAGCUUUGUCCUCAGUACAUGAGUGAAGAUUGCUUUUGGAAGAUCUACUUUGUGCUCUUGCAUCCUAGACUUAGCAAGGAUGAUGCUGAACUUCUCUCAACAUCCCAAGUACUAGAAGCCAGAGCACAAUUUCAUGAAUUGCAACAACGAACCAAGGAACAGAUGGAGCCUCAGAUAUCUAGAAAUAUCUCUACCAGUUCAAAAGGAUCUUCUGAUUCAUCAAAUGAGGAGACUCUCUCUGUUCCACCUAGAGAUCAAUCUGAACCACUGUUUGUUCAGAAAUCCCCUGAUAGUACAGCCCCAUCCUCAACGGUGACUGAUGUUGAGACUGAUAAGCAUCCAAAUAAGAACGUGGAAAUCCAAGUUGUAGACAAGCCUAUUAUUGAGGAAACACCCUUGCAAACCGGUGUUGAACAUUCCCACUCUGGUCCUUCCAAAGUUUUUGAUGACAUAGACGUGGAUGAUGCAGAUGAUUGGUUGAAAGAGGAGACUCUUGAGAUUGAUGGCGACAGUGGAACUAACAUUCCUAUCGGGAAUGACGAGGAUGUAUCGUUUAGCGACCUUGAGGACGAUGACCAGGAGGUUCCGGCAUAUCAUAAGAAAGGUACAUCUGGCUCUGACUCUUCAACUAAAGAUUCCCGAGAUUGGGUUCAGCUUAGCCGGACUUCUGGUGAUUCAGAUAAGGACACAAACACCAUAGAGAAUAAGCAUGUUGGAUCUGGGCAGGUAGGCAGCCGCAAGGAAUCAAGUGACUGGCUUAAUGUCGAUGACAUUGAUUCAAUGUGACAACUUCGUUAAAACUCUUCAAUCUGUCUAUUUUCAUUGAAUUUUAUCUCCUCGAUGUAUAUCAUGUGUUUUCUCUAUAUGAAUCAAGCGUUUGGAAACUAUGUUAUGAUAUCUCUGUAUAUAGAAAAACUUGUAAAACUCAAAAUUCAUUUACAUGCAAAUAAUGGAUGGCUUUGUCGUAAUUA